AAAACAAAAUUCAAAUUGGGUAUGAGGAUAUUUGGGUUUUAGAUUGCGUGAUCUGUAAUAAUAAGUGGUUCGCGAUCGUGAUCAAGAAAACUGGUGGCUGAUAGUGAUAUGCAUAUUUGAGAGAUGGUGUUCAAGAGGAAGUUAGAUUGCCUUUCCGUUGGCUUUGAUUUUCCCAAUAUUCCCAGGGCUCCUCGUUCAUGCAGGAGGAAGGUCCUAAACAAGAGGAUUGAUGAUGAUGAUGACACUCAGAUCUGUGCUAUUGACUUACUAGCUUUGGCUGGAAAGAUUCUACAGGAAAGUGAGAGUUCCUCGGCGUCGUCCAAUGCAUUUGAAGGGAAUAAUCACGAUAAAGAAAUUAAACAAGAGCAAGAAGAUAAAUGCAAGCCUAUUAGAUCUGAGUCUUCUGACCAAGGAAACUCUGUGUCAAAGCCUACUUAUGAAAUCUCUACUGACAAGUGUGUGGUGAACAGUUUUUCAUUUCCCGAUAGUGACGGCGUUUUAGAGCGAACUCCGAUGUCUGACUACAAGAAGAUUCAUGGUUUGAUGGACACGGGUGAUGUUAAUGUGAAUACUGGGUUUGAACAAGGAGAAGCAACCGAUCGCUUGGGAGAUGGAGGGUUAAUCUCUGAUACUUGCAACUUAGAGGAUGCAACUGCGUUAGGUGUGCAGUUUCCGAAUUCAGUCCGUGUGGGUGGUGAUCUAAAAUCACCAUCCAGCUUGGAUAUGACCCCUAAUGGUUCCUAUGCUAGACAUGGGAAUCAUACUAACCUAGGUAGAAGAGAUGAUGAUGAAAAUUUUUAUAGUUACCAGAAACUUAGCAAUAAAUUUAAGUCGUAUAGGUCUCCUACAAUUCGAAGAAUAAGAAAGUCGCUGUCGUCCAAAUACUGGAAACAAGUUCCCAAAGAUUUUGGACACAGUAGAGCUGAUGUCGGUGUAAAGACUCUUUAUCGCAAAAGAAAAUCAUGUUAUGGAUACAACGCAUGGCAGCGUGAGAUCAUUUAUAAGAGAAGAAAAUCACCUGACAGAAGCUCGGUCGUAACUUCUGAUGGAGGACUCAGUAGUGGAAGUGUUUCCAAGUUACCCAAGAAGGGAGAUACAGUAAAGCUAAGCAUUAAGUCCUUUAGGAUUCCAGAGCUUUUUAUUGAAGUUCCAGAAACUGCAACAGUAGGAUCACUAAAGAGGACGGUGAUGGAGGCUGUCAGUGUUUUACUCAGCGGAGGAAUACGUGUUGGGGUAUUAAAGCAUGGGAAGAAGGUUAGAGAUGACAGGAAAACUCUGUCACAGACUGGGAUCUCAUGUGAUGAAAAUCUAGACAACCUUGGGUUCACCUUGGAGCCUGGUCCAAGCAAAGUUCCCCUACCUUUGUGUUCCGAAGAUCCUGCUGUGCCAACCGACCCUACGAGUUUGUCUGAACGGUCUGCGGCGUCUCCCAUGUUAGAUUCUGGAAUUCCCCAUGCAGAGGACAUGAUUAAUUCAGGAAAUAUUGUGGACAGUAACCUUGAAUUAGUUCCAUAUCAGGGGGACAUAUCUGUUGAUGAACCUUCAUCGGAUUCAAAAGAGCUUGUUCCACUUCCAGCCUUGGAAGUUAAGGCGCUUGCCAUAGUUCCGUUGAACCAGAAACCUAAGCGUACUGAGCUAGCCCAGCGCAGAACCAGGAGACCCUUCUCUGUGACAGAGGUAGAAGCUCUUGUACAAGCAGUUGAGGAACUAGGGACUGGAAGAUGGCGUGAUGUGAAAUUGCGUGCUUUCGAGGAUGCAGAUCAUCGGACUUACGUGGACUUGAAGGACAAAUGGAAGACGCUUGUUCACACAGCAAGUAUAUCACCGCAGCAACGAAGAGGAGAGCCUGUGCCACAAGAACUCCUAGACAGAGUAUUGAGGGCAUACGGGUAUUGGUCGCAGCACCAAGGAAAACAUCAGGCGAGAGGAGCAUCCAAAGAUCCAGAAGUGAACAGAGGUGGAGCUCUUGAAUCAGGUGUUUCAGUGUAAAAAAAGGAGGUACGCAUUGGUGGGUGGGUGUACAGAAGCAAACAACACAAUAAAUCGGAAACUCAAUU